AUGGAUAGGACAUGGGAGGGCGGAUUUCUAGGACUGGACCGGAGUAAGAGCGGAUGGGUUGAUAUAUAUGGAUUUAAUGAUCCAUGCUUUAUCUCCUUUUCUGAAGAAUUGGCACAUGAAGCUGCACUCACCUAUGAACAAACCACACACCUUAUCCAGUUGGUUCAACACAGUAGGACUGAAGACUUCACACUCAAAAACUAUGCUGAUGUUCGGAAUACUUGGGAAGUGGUGUCCCACUGCUUGACACUGUUUGAAAGUGAUACUAUUACAGUACCACUUGAUGGCACAGACCUAGAAUAUAUGGUUUACUUUCACCCCCUUUGGGAUUGGGUGGUGGAUAUUCUGCAACACCCUGUCAUUGGCCCUCAUUGUGUUUUUGAUGCCCAACAGUUAUCAAAAUUUGACAGACAAACAUUCAUUAGGUUCAUUGAUGAACCAUGGACUGCAGAUGCAUUCUUGGAAUGCCAGUCUCAGAUACCUCCAGAUGUGAAACCAUUAGCAUUUAUAUUGUAUGCUGGCAAGUCAAAGCUGUUGUCAUUCAGUAGCAAGAAAGGAUAUCCUGUGAUCACUUGCUUGAAAUGGAAUGGGAUGGGUGGGGGACAGGUGGUUGGAUGGCUCCCACUGGUCAAAGAUAACCCAAAAUACAAAGGUACACAACAGUUUGCUAACUUCAAAGCAGCUGUGUGGCAUGCGUCCAUCAAGAAAGUACUUGCAUUGAUUGUACUACCUUCAAAAGUGGCCAAUGGACAAACUGUUGGGACAAUGUCACAAGGCUCUUUUAUAGCCUGGUGUUGA